AUGAGCUGUAGUGUGUUGCUAAGACUGGCGAUACCCUCUGACGAUGCCGACUACGAUGCUGGUGAAACGUUUGGGAAUGUACCACUUCCACGGUACAACUUUGGAAAUGAUCAUGCAUACAAUGGACUCCAGACUAGGUGGGAUCUCAUUCCCAGAAAUCUAUCCGAUAAUUUGUUUGCGAAGGGCGUCAUCGAACGUCUUUUUGCAUCAUUAGUUGUUGGCGGUGGUGGUUAUGUUUCCUAUGCUGAAAACUUCUGCUCCUAUCGAAGUAGUAUUCUACAACCAAUGGCUGUUCCGAAACUGGGCUGUUAUGUGGAGCCGUACCAGGAAUCUUGGAAGCCGUGCAUGGUUUCAACCUGCAUACCUAAUCACAAGGCUCUUAACCGGCCCGCCUACCCCGCCAACAUAUGGCUGAUCAGCUUCUUCUUGGCUAUCCUCAUUAUGCUCGCUGUCUGUGUCCUAGUCGCUGGGCUUUGGCGUGGAUCCUUCGCCAUGCGCGCAGGUUAUCAGCGAUACACAGGCUCUGGAAUCUCAAGCAAUCUACAUCCAACUAUUCGGCAGUCGAGAGCUUUUUCAACCACUUGGCUACUCAACAAACUGGUGCCUAGCAAGUUGGGUGGAUAUCAGAGGGCCCCAGGACGACUAGAGCUUUCUGGGGAUGGGUUCAUUGGAUUUUCCAACUACAGCGCCUACGGCGGUUGCGAGGGCACAUCCAGUGCCGGCCAUGGAGAGAUUGAUCUUACCAGGGGUUUGGUUGGUGUCCUGACCCCAGGCCGACUUGAGCCAACAGUCAAGUCUGGCCAAAGUGGCGUAGUUAGACUGGAUCUGACUGGAUCCGGUGUCAGCAAAGAACCGGGAGUCAUGUAUGUGACGGAGGCAAGCCAAAUGACAGGGCAUGUGAAUCAGACGAGCGACAGGCGCCAAAGGCUAGAGCCCUCUUCUACGCUGGCAAAUGCAUUGGUUCCUGCCCCAGAGCUUUCGCUAAAUGUGGCGGCCAAGGCUCAGGGGCAGUCAAUUCAUUCGCCAUAUCUCCCGAACUUGGCAGCCAAUCCGGCACCGAUACCUACCACCAUUGAGAUACCGUUCUCAGCUCUUCCAUACAAAAUGUUGGAGGACAAUUUUCUUGAGGAACUGUAG